GCGUCUCCGCCCCUUACCCGGCGUUCCCCGCGCCCGCAGGCGCUGACGUGGCCGCCGUCAGAGCCGCCAUCUUGUGGGAGCGAAACCAACGCCUGGCUCGGAGCAGCAGCCUCUGAGGUGUCCCUGGCCAGUGUCCUUCCACCUGUCCACAAAUAUGGGGAACAUCUUCGCCAACCUCUUCAAGGGCCUUUUUGGCAAAAAAGAAAUGCGCAUCCUCAUGGUGGGCCUGGAUGCUGCGGGGAAGACCACGAUCCUGUACAAGCUUAAGCUGGGUGAGAUCGUGACCACCAUUCCCACCAUAGGUUUCAACGUGGAAACCGUGGAGUACAAGAACAUCAGCUUCACUGUGUGGGAUGUGGGUGGCCAGGACAAGAUCCGGCCCCUGUGGCGCCACUACUUCCAGAACACACAAGGCCUGAUCUUCGUGGUGGACAGCAAUGACAGAGAGCGCGUGAACGAGGCCCGUGAGGAGCUCAUGAGAAUGCUGGCCGAGGACGAGCUCCGGGAUGCUGUCCUCCUGGUGUUCGCCAACAAGCAGGACCUCCCCAACGCCAUGAAUGCAGCUGAGAUCACAGACAAGCUGGGGCUGCACUCCCUACGCCACAGGAACUGGUACAUUCAGGCCACCUGCGCCACCAGCGGUGACGGGCUCUAUGAAGGACUGGACUGGCUGUCCAAUCAGCUCCGGAACCAGAAGUGAAUGCGACCCCCCUCCCUCUCACUCCUCUUGCCCUCUGCUUUACUCUCAUGUGGCAAACGUGCGGCUCGUGGUGUGAGUGCCAGAAGCUGCCUCCGUGGUUUGGUCACCGUGUGCAUCGCACCGUGCUGUAAAUGUGGCAGACGCAGCCUGCGGCCAGGCUUUUUAUUUAAUGUAAAUAGUUUUUGUUUCCAAUGAGGCAGUUUCUGGUACUCCUAUGCAAUAUUACUCAGCUUUUUUUAUUGUAAAAAGAAAAAUCAACUCACUGUUAAGUGCUGAGAGGGGAGUUAGGCCCAUGGGCACCUGGCCUCCAGGAGUCGCUGUGUUGGGAGAGCUGGGCAUGCCCUUGGCUUUAGAGCUGUGUUGAAAUCCAUUUUGGUGGUUGGUUUUUAACCCAAACUCAGUGCAUUUUUUAAAAUAGUUAAGAAUCCAAGUCAAGAACACUUGAACACACAGAAGGGAGACCCCGCCUAGCAUAGAUUUGCAGUUAUGGCCUGGAUGCUGGUCACCAGCCCAGCUGUUCCCUCAGGAACAUGUGGUGGCGCAGCAGACCGCGAUCAAUUCUGCAUGGUCAUAGUAGAGAUCCCCGCAACUCGCUUGUCCUUGGGUCACCCUGCAUUCCAUAGCCAUGUGCUUGUCCCUGUGCUCCCACGGUUCGCAGGGGCCAGGCUGGGAGCCCAUAGCCACCCCACUCUCCCGCAGGCCGCCCCACCCACCUUCAGGCAGCCUAUGGGACGCAGGGCCCCAUCUGUCCCUCGGUGACCGUGUGGCCAGAGUGGGUCCGUCGUCCCCAACCCUCGUGCUCGCUCAGACACUUUGGCAGGAUGUCUGGGGCCUCACCAGCAGGAGCGCGUGUAAGCCGGGCAGGCGGUCCACCUAGACCCACAGCCCCUUGGGAGCACCCCACCUCUGUGUGUGAUGUAGCUUUCUCUCCCUCAGCCUGCAAGGGUCCGAUUUGCCAUCGAAAAAGACAACCUCUACUUUUUUCUUUUGUAUUUUGAUAAACACUGAAGAAGCUGGAGCUGUUAAAUUUAUCUUGGGGAAACCUCAGAACUGGUCUAUUUGGUGUCGUGGAACCUCUUACUGCUUUCAAUACACGAUUAGUAAUCAACUGUUUUGUAUACUUGUUUUCAGUUUUCAUUUCGACAAACAAGCACUGUAAUUAUAGCUAUUAGAAUAAAAUCUCUUAACUAUUU